CAAAUGAUUAUUUUCAAAAGGAAGCGCGUUUUCAGUAAACCAAUAUUUCGAAAUACCCCCCAAAAAACUUUUAUUUCUUAUUUUUCACCCUUCCAAAAAUACAAAAAGUGAAAACAAAAAGCAAAGACAAGCAGUCACUGUAAAGCAACUCACAACACACACACACACUGACACACACUACACACAAACACAGACAGAGUAUCCAAAAAUGAUUGAAGAGCGCCGCGCCGGGCCGCCGCACGCGGCCAUACUGGCGGUGGUAGUGGUGUUGGUGAUGGUGGUGCCGACGUUGCUCGGCGACCAGGGAGAGGCGUUGACCGGAUUCGUCGCCGAGCUGCUCAGCCCGGUGGGGCUCCUCCUCCUCCCCAUACUCCUCCUCCUCACAAUCCAAUUCCUCUCAUCCGAGAGCGGAUCCUUCGUCGCCGGAAUAUUCUCCACCGGAGAACCGAAUUCCAUCCACCGCGUCAGCGGAUCUCCCGUCGGCGUCGCCCUAGUUCUCCUCCUCGUUUUGUUUCUUCUCUACAACAGAUUUUCCAUCUUCGGCGGCGACGACGAUUCCGGCGACUGACGGCGACCGGUGCUCCGAUCUGUAACCGGCCGGCAACAUGAAUUUUUCCUCCGUUUUCUGUGAUCUAAUUUUGUGCCUUUUUCGGUUUAAAUUAAAGGUUUUUUUUUUUUUUUUAAUUUUAUUUUACUGUUAUUUUUAGUAGUAGUUUUAUAUCCGAGUGUUGUACGGACGUAAAGCUUAGCUCGUGUAUGAACAUGGAAAUUGGUAUGGAAAUUACGAAAAUGGCCCUCUGUUGACUUCUUGAUAU